AUGGCGAAAGACACCGUGUACGAAGGCGUCUUCGGCGCGCGAUGCGAUUCGACAAACGCUGACCGUGGUAUCUCCAACUCAGCCAUCAACAAGCCGUAUGGCAUGAGCUCUGCGCAGGUGAUCCGCGAUUGCCAGCAGCAGAUGAACCCCUCAGCGAUGUUCAAGCCGUUGAUUGAGAGAGACCUUGCCGCCAAGAUGCAGGAGUCCAAGCAAGAGUGGAAGCGCCGCCGAGCCGUUAAGAAAGACUCCCGCGUAAAGAUGGGCCACGGAGGCACACUCGAUCCAUUGGCGACCGGCGUGCUCAUCCUGGGAGUCGGAUCGGGUACCAAAUCACUCGGCUCAUUCCUCGACUGCACCAAGACCUACGAGACGGUGGUACUAUUUGGCGCAAGCACAGACACCUACGACCGCGUGGGUAGAAUAUUGAGCAGACGGCCGUACGAUGAGAUUACAAAAGAAAAGGUCGAGAAGGCGAUGGACAGCUUCAGGGGCAAGUUCGAGCAGAUCCCUCCUCUGUACUCGGCACUCAAGAUGGAGGGCAAGCCGCUGUAUGAGUACGCUCGUGAGGGCAAGGCUAUCCCUAGAGAAAUUGUGGGACGCGACGUUGAAGUAUCCGAGCUCGAAUUGGUUGAGUGGUACGAGCCUGGAACGCACAACUACAGAUGGCCUACCGAAGAGGCGGAGACGGCCGAGAAGAACCUCGCUGAGCAGGUCUGGCGAGUGGAGAAGCAACAGGGUUCCGGCCGCCGGCUCACUCCUGAGGAGGAGAAGGAAGAAGAGAAAGCCCUCUCCGAGCACGAGACUGUUAAGAAGAAGUUUGAGGAGCGCCAGGACGGUCUUAUCCGCGACAAACCUGCCAAGAAGCAAAAGCCGCCCAAAAACCCGGCCCUGAUGUCUGGCGCCUUGGGCCAGCUCCCCGGCGGCAAGGGCUCCAACCUCAUCCCGCCGCCUCCGUCUGCGGAUGAGCCCUUCCCUUGGACCGACAAGGGGCCGCCCGCUGCCAGGAUCCGCAUGAAGGUCACCUCUGGAUUCUAUGUUCGCAGCUUCUGCCAUGAUCUGGGUGCCAAGGUCGACUCUGCGGGCAUGAUGGCUGAGCUCGAGCGAUCCCGACAGGGCGACUUUGAGGUCCGCACUGAUAGCUGCUUGGAGUACGAUGACGUUCUCAAGGGAGAGGAGGUCUGGGGACCCAAGGUCGCCAAGGCAUUGUCUGAAUGGACCGAGAAGUACCCCAAUGGAGCGCCGCAGUCGCAACGCGAGCGACAGAAUGCCCAAGGCCAGCAGAAGCAGCAGCAGAACCACGGCCGCAAGGAUGACAGGAAGCGCAAGUGGGAGAACAAGAGCGUCGAGAAGAACGACAACGCCUCCAAGAAGAGGAGAAACUCCAGCUCGGGAGACGAGGCGCCCGCCGCCAAGGUGGUCAAGUCGGAGCAGGCUAGCGAUGUCAAGGAGUCUUCGCCCAAGAAGUCUCCCAAGACGUCUCCCAAGGCGUCUCCCAAGGCGUCUCCCAAGGUGUCACCUAAAGGUUCUCCCAAAACUUCUCCCAAGGCGAAGUCAGCUAACAAAAAGAAGUUUGAUGACGUAUGGGAAGGCAUUCAGGACUAA